CAAAGAUAACCAAUAUUUAUUUGAGAAAGCCUUCGACAAACUUCAAUUACAGAUUUAGCAUGCUAUCUUUGUCAAUAAUGUUACCGACAUUAUAAAAGACGAACCGUAUAAUUGUUUAAUUAGUAUGAUAAAAUUUGUUGGAGAAGACGCAUUAAGGAAAAAAUCAAAAAUGGCUGCAAAAAAGAAUGUCACAGAAAUAGAAAACAAACUGGACAAAACAAAUGAAAAUGUUGACUACGAUGACCUAAUAUCUGCAGCUGGUGAAUGUGGACGUUAUCAAAUACUCCUCUUCUUCUCAACGUUUCCUUUCUACAUUUUUGGAGUUUUCGUCUACUUCUCGCAGAUGUUCAUGACAGAAGUAUCUCCCAAUCACUGGUGCAGGAUUCCUGAAUUAGAAAACCUAACUGCCUUACAACGCAGGGACCUCGGUGUGCCCAAAGAUGAGAAUGCAAGAUUUGGAUACUCUCAGUGUUCAAUGUAUGCAGCCAAUUGGACCGAAGUAUUAAUAACAAGACAAAUGCCAGAUCCAACAUGGAAUACAGUACCAUGUCAAUACGGAUGGGAAUUCAACGAAACAGAGAUACCAUACCCUACCAUUUCAAGUGAUUUUGAAUGGGUCUGCGACAAAAAUAGUUAUCAAGCUACGGCUCAAUCAAUAUUCUUUGUCGGGUCAAUAUUAGGAGGAUUCAUUAUUGGAUGGGUUGCUGAUCGUUUUGGAAGAGUGCCAGCUGCUGUAAUUAGCAACAUCCUGGGUUGUGCAGGAGGCGUUGCUAGUAUUUUCGCUCAAAACUUGAUUCAAUUUUCAGCUGCAAGGUUUGUCAUGGGUAUGGCUUAUGACAAUUGUAUGAUUAUGGCUUACCUACUAAUCAUAGAAUACGUUGCCCCUAAGUACAGAACCGUGCUGGCAAAUCUAUCGUUUGCCAUAUUUUACUCUCUAAUUGUGACCGUAUUUCCAUGGAUCAUCCUUGCUUGCGGUCACUGGAAGACAAUUGGUCUAGUCACUAGUCUACCUUUAGCGUUAGCUCUGGUAACGCCUUUCUACUUGCCUGAGAGUCCGAGGUGGUUGCUGUCAAAAGGUCGUGUUGAUGAAGCUGUGAAUAAAAUUCUCGUAAUCGGUCGGAUCAACAAGAAGGAAAUACCAGCAAAACUAAUAGAACAAUUUAAACUAUCAGCAGCAAAUGCGAAAGAAGAACAAUCGGAGAGUUGUUUGGAAAUUCUGAAGAGACCGGUGAUGAGAAAAAUAUUUAUAUUAGUUUGUAUUGAAUUCAUGUGUUGUACAAUUGUGUUCGAUGGGCUAGUGAGAAGUAUUGGUCAAUUAGAUUUUGACUUUUUUAUGUCCUUCUCAUUAGUGUCUUUUACUGAAUGCCCUUCAAUGAUCAUCGUGGCAUUUGUCAUGGACUGUUUAGGUAGAAGAUGGCUGACUAUAAUCGUUAUGGUGAUCAGCUGUGUAUUUUGCAUACUAACUGUAUUUGCUAGUGGAAUACAGUCAGUGAUAUUCGCAGUUAUCGCGAGGUUUGCUGUGAACAUGUCAUAUAGUGCUGCCAUGCAGUGGGCUGCUGAGUUAUUGCCAACAUCUGUAAGAGGAUCAGGAGUAUCAAUAGUACAUAUUUGUGGCUACGUUGCCACAGUUCUGUCUCCAUACAUUGUCUACUUGAAAGAAUACGUAUACUGGCUGCCAUUGAUUGUAGUGGGUUCCGUAGCCGGAUUGGGUGCGCUGGUUGCCCUGGGUUUACCUGAAACAGCAAGAAAAGACAUGCCGCAUACAUUUGAUGACGCAGAGGAAUUAGCUAAAAAUCAAAAACUAUGGACCUUACCGUUUUUGGAAAUGAAGAAACAGAAGAACGGUGAAGUCAAUGAAUGCUUUGAAUCGGAAUUGUGAAAUGUUUUGAUUUAAAAACAUUACUCUCAGCUGUAAUUAAAAACUAAAAUUGUAUUUUAAUG